AUGGCGAACAAUGCCCCAGGGUCAACUUCCGACCCAAAGGGAAACAUCGCUGAUGUUCCUACUAUCAGUCAUGCAGAGAGUAGUCAAGAACAUGCGAAUUUCAAGACCGCCAAAAAUGCCGAUGGCGACACGGCUAUGGCGUUGUUUGAUGAUCCGGACGAGCUUCAUGAAGAAGUCGAUCCCGACGAGGCAAGAAAGCUCUUGUGGAAGAUCGACUUCAUGAUUCUUCCAUAUCUUGCUGUUUGCUAUGCUUUUUUCUAUAUCGAUAAGACAACCCUUAGCUAUGCUGCCAUAUUCGGUAUCCGCGAUGACCUCAAUUUGCACGGAACCCAAUACAGUUGGCUCAGUAGUAUAUUUUACUUUGGCUUUCUGAUAUGGGCGUUCCCGACCAAUUUUCUGAUGCAGCGUCUCCCGAUCGGAAAAUAUUUGGGAGUCAACAUCUUCAUGUGGGGUGUUUUCCUCAUGAUCCAAGCUGCCUGCAAUAGCUUCGAAACCCUCGCCGUUCUUCGAGCACUUGGCGGUGCCGCCGAAGCCUGCGCUGACCCUGCUUUUAUGCUCAUUACAAGCAUGUGGUACACACGCCGCGAGCAACCUGUGCGUCUCGGAUUGUGGUACACCGCAAAUGGUCUCGGAAUCGCAUUGGGUGGGCUUUUGGGCUACGGAAUUGGUCAAAUUCGCGGUGCACUUCCUUCUUGGAAAUACGAGUUCAUUGUGAUCGGUGCUCUAUGCGCUUCAUGGGGCAUUGUCAUGUUCAUUUUUCUCCCUGACUCCCCGGUCACAGCGAAAGGACUCAGCAAAAAAGAGCGCCGGAUGGCCGUCGAGCGGAUUCGGGAGAAUCAAACCGGUGUCGAGAACAAGAAUCUUAAGCCAUACCAGAUUCUGGAGGCUUUUAUGGACUAUAAACUCUAUAUAUUCUUCACGUUGGGUCUUGUUUGCAAUGUCCCUAAUGGUGGUAUCUCAAAUUUUGGUACCAUUAUUAUCAAAGGAUUUGGUUACUCAACAUUGGUGACUACUCUUAUGCAGAUUCCUUAUGGCUUUAUCAUUGCGAUUUCCGUUCUGACAUGUGUCUUCCUUAAUGACCGUUUUGAGAAUCGACGAUGUGUUUUCAUUCUGAUCUUCUUGAUUCCAAACCUUGCUGGCUCCUUUGGCCUGCGUUUUGUUCCAGUUGAACACAGCGUUGGUCGGCUGAUUUGCUAUUACCUGACAGGACCGUACAACGCAGCAUUUGUGCUCGUUCUGAGUAUGCAAAUUGCAAACACGGCUGGCCACACCAAGAAGGUUGUCACAAAUGCAGUUCUGUUCCUGGGAUAUUGUACCGGAAACAUUGCCGGCCCUUUCUUCUAUAAAUCAGAGCAAUCGCCAACCUACCCGCUGGGAAUCUGGUCCAUGAUCGUCUCGCAUUUGAUCGAGGCUGUUUUGAUUAGCAUUCUUGGGCUCCUGCUGCGCUGGGAAAACCAGAAGCGGGACCGAAUUCAGUCUCAAAUGGAAGGUGGUCUCGAAGGGAGAGAUUUGGAUUCAACCGCAUUCUUGGAUUUGACGGACCGAGAAAACUUGAACUUCCGGUAUAUCUACUAA